CUUCGUUCAAUUCUGGCUCAAGCAGUCGUCGGAAAGGCAAAACGAGGCUAUAUGAAGAAGAUCAAACCAGUUUGCGCCGAUGAUGUGGAAGCUUUGCCAUCGUCACGUCCCGUGUUACAGACAAAACUUGAAGAUAACUUCUUUCGAAAUCAACCUGAAUUUCUGAGAAAAGAUGCUGACUUCGUUGCAAAAAGACUGUAUCAAAAUAUAGUGAAUAUAAUCAAGAACGAUGUAAUCCCUUCUGAAAUCGAACGGGCAAAACAAAAGUUAGUUACUGAGACAACAUUUAAUGUGAAUAAUUGGCAGGAGGUGAAUAAGGACGAAUUUAAGGAAAAACAGAAAAUAUUGGUGAUGAAAUUAUGCAACAAAACAGCUGAUGGAGUUUUGGAGAAAAUAUCAUCUGAAGUGAACGAGGAGUGUAAAUCGCGAUGUUUUGUUGCUGUUCAAAGCCUAAGCCCCCACAAUAUGAAUGAAAUAGUUAUAAAGACCACAUCAGGAAUCGUUCAUCAAUCGACCAUGAACAAACUGAAGGAAUGGUCACAUCAAAAUAUCUCAUCAAUUAUCGAAAAACUUGUUCGCCGAGAUAUGGAUAAAACGAUAACAAGAAAGCAAAGUAUCCCUGAAAAUAUUUACAGGGCACACGCACAAGAUUGUGAUCAUCCUUUUAACUGGUUUUAUCAACAACUGCUUGACAAGGAAUGUGAAGUGUAGUAUAAGGAAGCGGCUUCUGCGUGAGACCAGCAAUGCAGGCGGUGCGUGAAGUAUGACGUCACUAAUUCUUAAUUAUUAUAAUUUAUUACCAACUUUUUAGUUAUUUAUUUUUCCACGUGGAGAAGGAGGUUGCGCCCGCGAUAACCUGGCAUGUUUUAAAAUGCGGACUAUACUGGACUGGACCGGAAAAGCGCGAACUUGUAAAUCACGGACUUUUAAAUGACGGACUCAGUCCGUUAUAUAAAACGCGGACUUGUAAAGUGCGGACUUGUAAAUAACGGACUAAUAAUAAUAUUUUCCUCAGAUCUCUCCACUAAUUUUCCCUUUCGAAGGAAAAUUCCCAAAAUUUACAAGUCCGCGUUUUAUAUCACGAACUCCGUGGUUCCGUGGUUCCGUGGUUUACAAGUCCGUGAUUUACAAAUCCAGUCUAGUCCGUAUUUUACAACAUGCCCGAUAACCUAUAUAUUUAAAAAUUUCAAUACAUUUUUUAUAAAUGACCACUAUAUAUAACGUUAAAUUAGUGGAUUUUCCAGUGGUGAAACAUGUAGCCGAGUGGUC